AUUUGCCAAGACACACAACACACGUCAACAUAUAAUAUGCGAGGGAUGAUAAAAAACAUAAGACGCGUUGCCUGAUGUGCCGACAUUUCCAACAGAAACACUUACAUCUCAAAUAUGGCUUAGGAUAGCAUGAUCAGAUAUGCGUUAGUUGCAUUGGGGUCACAAGGGAUCAAUGAAGCGAAGGACGGAGGACGUAUGGAGGCGAAAAGCCAUCAGUAAAAAGGCCAAGAAGAAUGGUAGGCGGCCGAUUGCUAUCUACGAAGACGAUGAGGAGGAGGAGGAGGAGGAGCUGAGCUAUCAACCAAAACGACGGACGACGGAGCGUGGUCGGAUGGCUCCGGCAAAUGAGGCUCGACAGCAGCGCCAUGUUACAGCAGCGGAACCUCCAGGCCUCUACAGCCGCCCUGCUUUGUUUCGCACUGCUUGGGACAGCCCAUCAUCUCACCAGCUGUCUCUGGCUGCCAUGGAUGUUGACAGCGAUCAGGAGGAUGGGUACGGCACCCCGCCACCAGCACCACGGCAACGGUAUCAACGGCAGCAAUUGCCACAACCAGCGCAGCGCCAGCAGCCCCAGCGGCAGCCUCUAUCCCCUCCACCUCCACCACAACGUCAGCAGCAGCAGCCCACGCCGCCGCCGCAGCUGCGACCACACCCCCAGCCGGUACAAAACCAUCAGCAGCGGCAGCAGCAGGCACCUCCACCUCCCCUACCGCAGCAGCAGCGCCAGCAGCCCCAGCCGCCUCUGCAAACCCAGGAAGAACCGCUACAGGACCAUUGGCAGCGGCCGCCUCGAUCCCCUCCACCUCCACCACAACGUCAGCAGCAGCAGCCCACGCCGCCGCCGCAGCUGCGACCACACCCCCAGCCGGUACAAAACCAACGGCAGCCGGCACCCCCACCUCCCCCACCGCAGCGCCAGCCACCGCUCCCGCCUCAACAGCAACGGCAGCAGCAGCAACCACCACCUCCCGGGCAAAUGGCUGGUCCUCGGCCACCUCCAAACGCCGUGCAACAAGCCGCCUGGGUUCGUGGUCGGCGGCAGAGACCUGCCCAGCAGCGGGGUAAGGACCCGGGCCCGCCGCCUAUACCCUUCCCUUGUGAUCGGGUACCGGGCGACACCAAGUGGUAUCAGUUCGGCAGGGUCCGCAGUGUGGGUGAGGGCGGGGAUGAGGUUGAAAGCGAGGAUGAGGGCGCUGGCAGCGGUGGGCGUAAAGCCAAGCUUCCAUCAAACGUGCCCCUUCUUUGCUGGCCUUCUCACGUGGUGAAGAAGAAGAAGUUUGGGCUUCUGGCUAUCCUCAAGAAGAUACCGGCGCAGAUGCCAGUCGGCAAGGAGCUCAACCACUACGAGUGGUGGUGUACCGAGGCCUUCGACUUCACCGUCGCGGAAUUCACUCAGGCCAAGAAGGAGACCUGGAAUGGAAUCCUGAACACGGUGUCCAAGUUCUUGGGCUUCUGCAGAUUCGUGGAGUGUGUACCCCCCAAGUUCAUCUCCCUGCGCUUGGCAGGCAACCCGACGUUGGUCAUCCGCUACCUCGACUUUAUGAUGAUGCGGUGUGCUGCUGCUCAUUUGGGGACUGAGGUCUGCCGCUUGAAGCGGCUGGUCGUAUACCUGGAGAGCUACGAUCCUACAUUGACGGACAAAGAGAGGGAGAAGCUCAUGGACAUGGUGGAGUGGCUCAAGAGGAUAUCCGACAGCUUCCGCCGAAGCUACCCUACGCCUGCCCCGCCGCCAUCUGAUGUGGACUCCGACGAGGAGGACGAGGACGGACCCACGGGUCUGCCUGACAAGGUGCUGCUCCUGCGGUUCGUGAUGGAGCUGCGUCAGAAGGCAGACGACGCCCUUUCCGCAGACAUGGUGGCGGGUGACAUCAGCUUCGAGACAGCUCUCCUUCAGAGGGACGCUCUGCUGGCUGAGUUCCUGUGCGGGCUCUAUGUCCCCCCGCUGCGCCUGGCCUGCAUUGCGACGCUCAAGGUGCCUGGCCGCGAUGUGUGCACGCAUGCGUGCUGCUCCAGGGCUAACUGCCGGGGGAAUACCCUGCGUGCCUUGACAACACGCUCGGGAGAACCCACUGGCGGCAUGAAGGUGGAGCUAUUCCAUCACAAGACGGAGCGGUUCCGCAAGAAGCCCAUCACCUUCAAGCUGCCCAAGGUCCUGGCGGAACGUGCGCUGUCUUACAUCAACAACAUCCGGCCGAUACUUGCUGGCGACGACGACACGGAUGAGGAGGGGGAGGAGACCGCGCCAGUUCCCUUCCUCUUCCUUACCGGGCGAGGGAAGGCUCUUGGCAUUUCGGGCGGCACCACAGUAGCAGCCUUGUGGAACCGCAUCCAGCAGCAGCACAGUGCGCCAUGGCAGCCAUUCACAGCACGCCUUUUCCGCCACAUUCACGCCAACAGCGAGUUCAAUGCAGUGAUUCGGGAGGUUGCUGCCGGGAGGACCCACCUGGAUGGUGACGCUCAGAUCAUGGGCAACUCCCAAGCUGCGUGGGACUCAAACUACAUCAAGGACCAUGACUCCGCGAUGAUGCAGGCGACGGUGGAUCGUCUCGAGGACUGGAGGCUGAUAUGUGAGCAGAAGCUUCGGCGGCAGGGCAGCGGGGGCAGCGGCGAGGAAGAGCGGCCCAGGGACGCAGCAGCAGCGGCAGGCGAGGCGCAACCGCAGGGGCAUGAGGUGGCAGCGGGCAAGACUCCUCCUGAGGCAGCAGCAGGUGCACCAGAAGGCCAAGAGCAGCAGCUGCAGGGGACCGAUGCACCUCAAGGCCAGGUGCCACAGCCGGGGGAGGCAGCAGCAGCGGCGGAGGGCCAGGAGCAGGAGCUGGGGGAGGCAGCAGUAGUGGCGGAGGGCCAGGAGCAGGAGCCGGGGGAGGCAGCAGCGGCGGCGGAGGGCCGGGGGCAGGAGCCGGGGGAGGCAGCAGCGGCGGUGCAAGGUGGGGAGCAGCAGCCGCAGGACGUAGCAGCGGCUAUUGGCGAGAGGUUCCAGCAGCAGCUGGCAGAACCUAGGGGUCGGCCCUCGCAUGCACCAGCCCCUCGCCCUCUGCUCGGCCGGCUUCGCAGGUUGUUCAUGGGCAGCAGUGCUGAGGCAGAUGCAGCCCAAGCCGCAAGGAGGCCACAAGGAGCGGACGGCUUUCAUGGGCAGCCUAGCAGUACGGCAAGUGGGAUGGGACCCAACCCCCAAUCGGCAGCAGGAGGCAGCAGCUUGGAAGGAGGCUUUGGUGAUCUGGCGGGAGGCGAUGGUGGCUUGGACGCUGGUGCUAGGAGGCAGCAAGAGCUUGGAGCAGCAAGCGGCCAGGGUGAUGCAAACAUGGAUGGUAGCAUGCACGGGGGGUACGGCGCAUACAAUGCAUAUCAUGAGGGUGGUGACGGCGAGUUUGCGGAUGCAGAGGAUGGCCAGGGCCCGUUGAGGGGCAUGGGCGACGAUGAGG